ACGGAACCAAUUAGAGGUGGACCCGAGUGGGUAACAUCCGGGUCACCCACGGGUGGGGUGGUUAUCCGGGUUGCAGUUAUGGUCGUCCGGAUGGAUCAACCCACAACUUAUCCGGAUUUAGAAUACUUUAAUGUAGCAAAUGACCACAAUUUAGAAUCUGCAAAUUGUAUCUUCUCAAAAUUAAUAUUAAAAGUUUACUUGUUUAAAAAGUUCUUUUAA